AUGCCGCGCGCCGCGCCGCUCGCGCGCGCGCGCGCGCAAACGUGCGCGCCUCGAUCUUUGUGCGGCGCCGCGACGUCCGCCUCGACGCGCGGCGCGCGCGCGGCGCCGUCGAGCCGCCGCGCCGACGUCGCGCCGGUCGCGCGCCGACGUCGCGCGUCGUUCGCGACGCGCGCGACGAGCGACGACGCCGAGGUCGCGGACGAAGAACCGGCGAACUGGAAGUACGCGUACCUGUACGACGGCGCGUGCCCGGUGUGCCAGACGCUGAAGAGCGCGCUCGAGGGGACGGGGAGGGGCGAGGGCAAGGUGUGGUACGUGGACAUCAGCGAUCCGGCGUACGACGCGAAGAAACAUCAAGGCGUGACGUUCGCGGAGGCGAUGGAGACGAUACACGUGCUGAAACGCGAUAAAAGCGAACCGCUGCGAGGAUUGCCGGCGAUCGAGGCGCUGUUCGCGGAGGUUGGCAUGGGCUGGGCGGUGAAGCUGGCGACGAUGCCGGCCAUCAGCCUCGCGGCGAGCGUGCUGUAUAAGUUGAUCUCGAGCAAUCGAUUGAAGAUUGGAGGCGCGAUGGGGGCUGGGGUGAUGGCGCUCGGACGAGUCGGUAUGGAGAUGCGAGGAGAGAAGGCGUCGUGCGCGGAGGGGGAUGAAUGCCGGGGUAUCGCCGACAUGGAGGUGGACGAGGACGCGCGCGGGGCGGAGGAGGAAACCUCGUUUGAAUCGGUAUAUGCCGAAGGCCCGAGAGCGAUUCUUGGCGCGUACGCGAGUGGAGGCAUCGUCAGCGCUGCGAUCGUGAACGUGCGCACGGGUGAACUCGAGUCUGAGCUCAUCACCGCUCCGUUGGACGAGGGCGCCCUGCUGGAUAUCAACGCCGUCGGCUCGGCUUUGCGCUCGCUCACCAAGGAGCUGAAGUGGCAAGGUUCCGUCUCUGUCGCGUUGCCGGGUGUUUGGCACGCUGACGAGAAGUUGGGCGGCACGAGCGUGUACGCCGCGAUGGAAACUUUGAACCCUUUCGAGGGACGCCGCGAACGCGAAGAAACCGAGGAGCUGUUGCGCAACGCCGUCGGUUUGGACGUCACCGUCGUCACGGGUGCCGAGGCGCACGGUUACGGUCACCAAGACUUGUGGGGCGACGCCGCUAGACGAGUCAAGAUUGGUCAAACCCUCGAUAGUGACGAUCCCGACAACGCGAUGAGCGGUUUGACCGGUGUCGUCACCGCCGGCCACGAAGCUGUACACGUCGCGCUCUUCAGAGACGGUGUUCUUCGCACGAAUGCUGAUUUCAGAGAAGCCGAUCUCGCCAUUUCAUGGAUCGAACCAGAGUGGGCGAACGCUAAGCCUCCGGCUGAUGACUGCGAGGAUGAAGAAGAGUGGAAAGCAUGGGCGACGAGAAUGGCGGUGCACUUGGCCAAGGUCGAGAACUGCCGUUGCGCUCGCGGUGGCUUGGAACGAUGGGUCGUCAGCGGUAGCGCGGCGAGAAACUUCGACAAGUGGUCGCAUCUGGUGCCAAAGCUGAGCGUCGUGCAAGCUGGUAAGGCGGCUGCUCCGCUCAUCAUAGGCGGGUCCAACUCUCUCGAAGGCGUGCGAGGCGCCGCCGCGGGUGGCUCUUUCCGAUUCAGGUACAUGGCUGAUAUUCGUCGCGUGCGUUCUGCGAUCGGCAAAGAAGUCGGCCGAUCGCCGCAACUCGUGUCUGCUAUCCAACUUCGCGAGCUUUUCGAGAAGUUUGGUGGUGACAUUAACGAUGACGCCAUUGAUUUGGACGCCUUCGUGCGCAUGGUCGCCGCCAUGGGCGUGCGCCUGCCCGAAGACGAAGUUCGUGAGCUCGUCUGCGACAUAGACGUGCAGUGCGAGUCGUCAGUAACGUUCGAUCAAUUCGAAACCUGGUAUAAGUCGGUGAUCGGGACCGAGGUGGCGCAAGUGUUGCACACCGAAGCCGCUGUCGAUCAAGUCCUCGAAGAGGAGAUGGGCACGGGACGCGCCGUCGUCCUGCAAGUCGGCUUUACCUCUUGCAUGCCGUGCAAGAAGUUUUUGCCGUACUUUGAACAAAGCGCGCGCGACAACCGCGAGAAGUGUCGAUACGUGCGCAUUUACGGGAACGAGAAUGCGAGUACCAUCCACCUUGCGCGUGACCGCUUGGCCGUCAAGUCGACGCCGACGUUCUUUGUGUUCAAGGACGGCGUCGUCACGCACAUGCACAGCGGUAGCAACACCGAGAAGUUUGACGACGCUAUCGCUGAGCAAGUCGGCGUUCUCCCGAUCGGCACGUACGAGGCCAAAUGGAACCCACCCGUACCAACCGAGGCGACGACCGUCUAACUGGUGACCGCCCCGCACGCACUUGCGCCGCAGCGCGAUUCUUACACUUCAUCUUCGCCGCCGACACCCGCUCGUCGGUUUAUUUUUGGUAUGCGCGCCAUUGCGCGCCGUUUUGAAGUUGAUGAUACGCACGAUGUUGCAAUAAAUUUGAACAAGCACUGUACUC